UCCACAGUCACCUCCAUCAAAGAUGAGCGUUCUUGCAAUCGGUAUCGGCGUUGCGGCUGCCGCCUUCUUCGUAAGUAACUCCUCCUAUCCUCAUCCGCAUAGAAUGCAAUCGCCUUUGUGUUCCCCCUCUCCAGAAUCAAGGGACAUCCGGGCUGGUCAUCAGUCGCAUGUUACCCACGCACGUUGAAACCUCUACUGACGCUUUUGCAAAGGGCCGCGCUGGCCUCGUCGCUCUUCGUCGCUCCCGAGGCGGCAUGAGCGCUCUCGGUCGCGCGUAUUACAAAGGCGGCUUCGAGUCCAAGAUGAACCGACGGGAGGCGGCGCUGAUCCUCGAGAUUUCAGAACGCGGCGCCACCAAAGAUCAGAUCCGCAAGCGCCACCGAGCGCUGAUGUUGCUCAACCACCCCGAUCGUGGCGGAAGCCCGUACCUGGCGACGAAGGUCAACGAGGCGAAGGAAUUUCUGGAUAAAAGCUAG